UUCAUGUUGAAGUACGAUCUUAGUUAGUCAAAAUCCACAAUGCGCAACAUUUGGUUCGAAAUUUUCUGUUCGGUGGCCGUUUUCGCCUUCUUCGGUCUUUCGGUUAACGGUCAGCGUCGACCUGUUCCGGGUAAGAGUGACAAAGUUGAUCCCACGGUCGCCCGGGAUCGACAAAACGCUAAAUGUGUUGAAGAAUGGUACGCCAAGGGAGCCGUUGGAAACCCAUUCGGGUGCCAGGUGGGAAUGAAACACUUCGACCAGAUGGAACCCGACACCAAGCAGGCAGCAAAUUCGCUUCCCACUUCGACGUUUCAGAUUCGGCUGUGGCCAAAGGCAGUCGUUCCAUAUGUGUAUGGAGCAGAAUUCACCGAGUUGGAGGAGUUUCUUAUAGAUCAUGCCAUAUGGCAAUUCAACACGCAGACCUGUAUACGUUUUGUUCCACGAACCAAUCAACCGUACUAUGUGACGUUUACACGUGACGAUUCAGGCUGUUGGUCCUACACAGGGCGGUAUCAGAACAAUCAAUGGAAUCGAGUUAAUCUACAGCCCCCGUGCUUCUCCCAAGGACCUGGAAUGGUUGUCCAUGAACUGAUGCAUUCAAUUGGAUUCCAUCAUGAGUUUAUCCGACCGGACCGAAAUCAGUACAUCUGGGUUAACCAAAGCGCAACCUUUAGUUGGCCCAUGGUUGCGAAGAAUUUCGAAGUGAAGAAAUCUGAAGAAUCGGAGGUUUAUGGGACUGAUUUUGAUUACGGAAGCGUGAUGAUGUAUUCGCGGUAUGCUGCGGCCGGUGGACCCGAUGAUGCCGUGAUGGUCAAUUUGAAACCAUGGGAUCCCGAAGAGGACUUCGGCAACCGGACCGGUUUCUCCUAUAGCGAUUUAAUCCGCGUCAAUUACAUGUACUGUAAUGGAACGCAGUGGGACGUAGCCGUUCGUAAGCCAUUUUCUCUUCCAAUUCCGGUGGACCAUGGAAAGGACCAGGCACCCGAAAGCCCUCGACCACCGAAGGAUUACCCACCCCAGUACGCAACCAUUGGGGAUUUGCAGUUCGACGAUUGAUCCCUCCCAGCCUUUCGGUUGAGCCCUCCCGGCAGUAAUUGCUCGUGACAAGGACUAUCCAGCCGCUCGAAGAAACGUCGACGACGGGGUCGUAAUUAAACCAAUAAAAUUUUCCACACAUGCGAGCAGCUUCGUUCUGUUUCGAAUCACCCGCAAAAA